CAAAAGUCUGGCAACUCACUCUGACAUCUCGUCAUUGUUGCAUGAAAAGAAAAAAAGUUUGUUUGUUGAGUGGCUUGGAUACAGUAGACUCAGGGGAUUGGACCUUGAUCUUAUUUGGCUUUAACUCAGAAGGACUGCAUCUCUUAUUAGCCACUCCUGUCGAAACAGUGACGGCCAGACGGAGUUUGUCAUCAGACCGAGAACAACAGAGACAUUAAUCUACUUCAACCACUUCACUGUGGUGUGACGAUGAACUUAUUCAACUCUGCUCUCGGGAGGAACAUCACCUUUGUGCGUCCUGCAUAUUUCAUAAUAAGUGGUUUUUCAGGCAUCCCAAAUAUCAAGUAUUACUAUGUGUUUCUCCUCUUUGUUUACAUUGUGUCAGUGAUAGGAAACAUAGCUGUGAUGGUGUUGAUAAUCCUGGAUCAUAGUCUGAGAACUCCUAAAUAUGUUGUGGUUUUUAAUCUGGCUUUGGCGGACCUGUUUGGCAGCUGUGCUCUGGUGCCAAAGCUUCUUGACAUCUUUCUGUUUAACCAUCCACAAAUCCCCUACGGUGACUGUUUGGCUUUCCUUUUCGUCUGCUACACCGCUCUAGCAGUGCAGUCUCUUAACUUGGUUGCGCUCUCCUAUGACAGACUGAUAGCUAUCAUCUACCCACUGCACUACCAUGUUAAAGUGACCCACAGGUUCAUGCUGUCUUUGGUUGCUUUUAUCUGGGCAUUUGCUAUACUUGCUGUUCUCAUCUCUGUUGGUCUUCUUACAAGACUGUCAUUUUGUAAAUCUGUAGUUAUCAGAAGCUAUUUCUGUGACCAUGGUCAGAUGUUCAGACUGGCCUGCAAUGACUUCACACCCAGCCUUGUGAUUGCAAUAUUCUUACCAAUUCUUUUUUCAUGGUUCCCCUUGAUAUUCAUCUUAUGUAGCUACCUUUAUAUUGGUUAUGCAUUGUCUAAAAUAGCCUCGGUUCAAGAGAGGCUGAAGGCCCUUAAAACAUGCACAUCUCAUAUUUCAUUAGUGGUGAUUUAUUUCCUUCCAAUUUUGAUCACAUUUUCUUUGAUGGAUAAAAUACACCCUAAUGCCAGGAUCAUAAACCUGUCUCUGACGUCUGUGUUUCCAGCGACAUUGAACCCAAUCAUUUAUGUUCUGCAGACACAAGAAAUUAGAGAAUCAAUGAAGAAGCUGUUAAGGAUCAGAGUGCAACCCAAAAUUACAACCAAGAAAGUCGACAUAAUGUGAAUGUUGAUGUUUGUGGCACUAUUUGCAUUACAGUCAAACUGCAGGUGUGAAUGCUAGAUUUAUUCCCUUCCAGCUUGUGAUCUUAUAUCAAAGGAAGAGUGGAGGUAAAAAUCCAAUGUUUCAGUCAUAGAACAGUCGUGUCAAGAUGUGUGUUUCUUGCUGUCAAAGUAGUCCACAAAACUGCAUCUCUCUCUAGAAAGAUCUGAAGAUAAAAGUGGAAUUAAAGUAAACCGUCACAUUUUUCGUCUUUCUACCCAUCUUCCCAGUUCUGUUUUGUACAUUAUUUAUACCUAGGCUACAAGUCUGUGCACAUUUUU